ACAGAAUUCUCUGCAGAAAAAUGCAACUCGUCCUGAGGAGGCCUCUCUGGGGGUAGAUGCAGGAGUUAUGUUGUGAUCUGCAUGGGGCUGACUUUGGUGAUCUCAUCUUGGCGUUUGUAAAAAACGUGAAUGGUGCGUCCCUUUGUGACUGCCAUCACUUUUCCGUGGGGAGCCCUGACCGUGCUGGUGUGACUGCUGUAUGAGGUCUUUGGAAGCCCAGCCCAGUGGAGAAUAAGACUUGCAGGGGACAAGAGAUGCUAUCUGAAGGCCAAGUGAAUGAAAUCAUUAUAGAGAUUGAGAAUGCUCCAUCUGGUGUCCAAAGCCAUUCAUCCUCAAAUCAGACUUCUCAAGAAAAGACCCUGGUAGACUCAAGCUUUAGCAUAGCUUCAUCAAUAUCUGACAUCGAUGCCAGAGACUCUCAAAUUUUCAGCAAGAGGAAUGACAAAAAGGGCAACUGGUUGUUACCGUUUUCAACAUCUUUGAAUGAGUCGCUUUCUCAGACCCUUCAUAGCCCAGAAUGCAUGGGUGUAGAUACUCCUUGUACUUCCUAUGAAACCAUUCAAGCACAAAAGUUAAUUGCAUCUCUGAUACCCAUGACAUCUAGAGACAGAAUUAAAGCCAUCAGGAACCAGCCAAGGACGAUGGAAGAGAAGAGGACCCUUAGGAAAAUAGUUGACAAAGAGAAAAGUAAACAGUCCCAUCGUAUCCUUGAGCUCGACUGCUGUGCUCAGUGUCUGAACUCUGUUUUACGGGCUUACCGGAGAUCCAAGAACAGCCUGUCGGAAUUCCUCAGUUACAUCAGCCCAUGGCAGAAGACGCUGAAGGUCAUCGGAGGCAAGUUCGGAACCAGCGUCCUCUCCUAUUUCAACUUUCUCAGGUGGCUUUUGAAGUUCAACAUUUUCUCAUUCAUCGUGAACUUCAGCUUCAUUGUAAUCCCUCAGCUUACCGUGGCUGAAAGGAACACCCUCCAGUUCACUGGAUGGGAGAUUUUAACUGGGACGGAUUAUUUUAGGGACACAGUGAUGUUCUAUGGCUUUUACACUAAUUCCACCAUCCAGCAUGGGAGCAGUGGAGCCGCCUACAACAUGCAGCUGGCCUACAUCUUCACGAUUGGAGUGAGCUUUGUCAUCUGCUUUUUCAGUUUGCUGUUCAGCAUGGCAAAGUAUUUCCGGAACAACUUCAUUAACCCCCACAUUUACUCCAGAGGGAUCGCUAAACUUAUCUUUUGCUGGGACUUCACUGUCACUCAUGAAAGAGCUGUGAAGCUAAAACAGAAGAAUCUUAGCACUGAGAUAAGGGAAAACCUGUCCGAGAUCUGUCAGGAGAAUGCCAAGUCGACGUUCAGUCAGCAGCUGACCCGCUUCUCUGCCCACAUGGCAACCUUGAUUGUCUCUACUGGAGUGGCCAUUGCCUGCUGUGUAGCUGUUUAUUAUCUGGCUGAGCACAAUUCAGAGUUCCUGAGGAAGCACCCGAACCACGGGGCAGUGCUGUUACUGCCUUUCCUCGUGUCCUGCAUCAACCUGGCCGUGCCCCGCUUCUACUCCAUGUUCGGGCUGGUGGAGAGGUACGAGACGCCGCGGCACGAAGUCUACAUCGUCCUGAUCCGUAACAUCUUUCUGAAAAUAUCAAUCAUUGGAAUUCUUUGCUACUACUGGCUUAACAUCGUAGCCCUGUCUGGUGAAGAGUGCUGGGAAACCCUCAUCGGCCAGGAAAUUUACCGGCUCCUUCUGAUGGAUUUUGUGUUCUCUUUAGCUGAUUCCUUCCUGGGGGAAUUUCUGAGGAGAAUCAUUGGAAUGCAAUUUAUUACAAGUCUUGGUCUACAGGAAUUUGACAUUGCCAGGAAUGUUCUAGAACUGAUCUACGCACAAACUCUGGUGUGGAUUGGAAUCUUCUUCUGCCCUCUGCUGCCCUUUAUCCAAAUGAUUGCUCUUUUCAUCAUGUUUUACGCCAAAAAUAUCAGCCUGAUGAUGAAUUUCCAGCCUCCGAGCAAAGCCUGGAGGGCCUCACAGAUGAUGACUUUCUUCAUCUUCUUGCUCUUUUUCCCGUCCUUCACUGGUGUCCUGUGCACCCUGGCCAUCACCAUCUGGAGGUUAAAACCUUCAGCUGACUGUGGCCCAUUUCGAGGUCUGCCUUUCUUCAUUAACACCAUCUACAGCUGGAUCGACACGCUAAGUAAAAGGCCUACCUACCUGUGGGUUGUUUGGAUUUAUCGGAACCUCAUUGGAAGUGUGCACUUCUUUUUUAUUCUCACCCUCAUUGUGUUAAUCAUUACCUAUCUUUACUGGCAGAUCAUAGAAGGAAGGAAGAUUAUGAUCAGGCUGCUCCAUGAACAGAUCAUUAAUGAGGGCAAAGAUAAAAUGUUCCUGAUAGAAAAGUUGAUCAAGCUGCAGGAUGUGGAGAAGAGAGCAAACCCCAGCUCACUCAUACUGGAAGGGAGGGAGAUGGAGCAAAAAGGCCCUCUGCAUUUGGGGGAACAUGAUGCUAUGCCUGACCUGCGAUUUAGGCGAUCGGUUCAGGAAGAUAAUUCAAAGGUCUGAUGACUGUUGUGGUAGCCAGACACCAAUCAAAUAAGGAAAGAAGAUAAAAAUGGAACAACUUCCUCCAUGCCAACUGGGCCUCGAGGAACUUCCCAGAAGAGGAAUCCAAGCCGUUAGCCAAGAGUGGAAACCUAUCACAGUGUAAAUACCGAAGUAAAGUUAUGCAUUCCCUGCUAUUUCUUAUACCUGGAUUGCUGACUUUUCAAGACUAAAUAUUUGGAAUUUUCCAAUAAAGACUGUUGUAAUAUUGAAACUAGCCCACAAAAACCUGGAAAGAGACAACCUGGGAAUGGUUUAUUUUAUGUUUAAGAAAUGUGUGUAUGAAUGAUUGGUCUUUAGGAAUCUCUUUUCCCAGACCUCCCAGACCUGGCAAAAGUUUAGAAACUGGUGCUAAGAAAAGUGGACCAGCCCGAAUAAAAAAUGAUCCUCACACAGG